AUGGCACCGAAAAAUGUACACGUCAACGAAAUCAAUUUUGUCAUUCAAGAAAAACUGCCAGGAGAAGCUACAACAUAUACAUCGAUUGAUAGCGUUUUGAAUCAAGAUGAAGUAGUCAAUUAUCCAACUGAAUUCUUGAAUUCUUUGGAUCCCCCCGGUCUGCCACCGCAUCGUUUGGUCCUGAAAGUCGGUUCACCUAUUAUACUUCUACGAAAUCUGAAGCCACCGACUUUGUGUAAUGGCACAAGACUUUCAGUCAAAAAAUUGUUUCCAAAUUUGAUUGAAGCAACCAUACUAAAUGGCAAGGCAGCAGGUGAAGUGGUACUCUUACCACGCAUUCCAAUGAUUCCAACGGACAUGCCGUUUGAAUUUAAGCGCUUGCAGUUCCCAGUACGUCUUGCCUUUGCGAUGACCAUCAACAAAUCGCAAGGGCAAACGUUUCGAGUGUGCGGCGUCAAUUUGGAAGAACCGUGCUUCUCCCACGGCCAAUUGUAUGUCGCAUGUUCGAGAGUGGGAACACCAAGGUGCUUAUUCAUUUACGCGCCAGGUGGAAAAACCAAAGAUGUUGUAUAA